AUCCACGACCUUGACAGGGAUCAGUGAUCUGUUCGAUAUUCAGUGACCCUACAACCUGAACACGUCUUUGAGGCUUCAAAAGAAAGUUGGAUCACCAGAAACCAUAACAGCCAGAACUUACACAGACCACCAAGCCUUCUCUUCUUUCCAAACUAAAACUGAAACUAAGACUGCGUUAUAUUUUACUAUAACUGAAACCCAUCUCCAAUGACCCAGACACCUGUCCAAGUCUGAAGGCCACAGAUUUUGAACGUUUGGGCUACUUUCCGGAUGGAAAGUCCCUUAGUUGUAGGAGUCCCUGGCCCCUUAAAUCAUGUUUGGUUAUCAGAAAACGAACUGGGAAUUUUUAGGAGGUCAACUCCUUCAAAUAAAUCCACUUGCAAUGAAAUACUCAUUGAGAAUGUUAAAUGGGGCACGUCAAUAUACAACGAUGAGUUUAUGAAACGCCUUGUCAAAAGUUCCUUCGAGGUGUUUUCGGCACUUCAAAAAUGUUCAGUACAGAACUCAUUUAUCACCCACAGCAUUCAAUACAGAGCUGCAUUAGCUGUAUGUUCGAAUGAAAUCUUCACAUUUCUAAAACUUGCAACAGGUUCAGACGAGGCGAGGGCCGCUCAUCUACUUGCCCAAGGUAAUCUGAUUCAGACAUUAGAGCUGUUGUGGCAUCUUGCGGAACUGAUUUUUAUACAGGUAUCUCCACCUGGAUAUUUAGCAUUCAAUCUCUGUAGUUGGUUUUAUGUACAGUCUCAGGAAGCGGCUAAUUGCGCUCGAGAGAUUUUGGAUAGUGCAAGCAGAGAGCAAUCCGGUCAUAUUUUAUUGCAUGAUAAACUGAAUAGUCUUAAAUCAUGGGAAACCAACAAGGACUUUUGGCCAACAGUUUUAAGCUUGGUUUUACAAGCUAGGUGUCAGGAAGCAGCAAGUUUGCUUGUCGUGCAUUCUAAUUCUAACGGUCGUGGUCUCCGAAGUUUACGUCAACUUCUAGCUUCUAUGCCAGUCGCUUCUCAUGCUGAAAAAGAAGGUAUGUGGACUGAGUAUGGUGCUCAGUUUUCGCAGGCGUGGAAUUACUGGCAGUCAGAGUGUGAACAUCGACUGUCUUCAGGAGAAUUCGAUCAUGUUGGUGGGGAUCCAACAUCAGUUGAAUACAUAAAAUUAAUUGUAAAUAUCUUAUCGGGGCGCACGUCUAUUUGGGACGACCCGCGAAUUUCGGACGUAACCAGAGGUUCACGUGGAUGGUUUUUUCGUUUUGUAUCAUUUGUUUUCUACACUGACCAGUUGGUAAAUAUUGAUGGUUUAAGCAGUGAUCUUGACCGAUGGCUUGCCUUAACAAAGAAAGGUAAUAUGGAACCGGGCUCUAACUUUGAUCAGUCCGUCGAUGCUUUAAUCACAAGCAUUUUUCACGUGGAUCUAUUCUCAUUCGUUCGUAUAGCAAGUGAAAAAUUAAGUAAUUGGUGGUUUAUUGCACAUUUUACAAAUCUUUUAAACCACAUAUAUCCUGGUGUACUUAAUGACCUUCAGCUUACACAUAAACAAGACGAGUUGUCUUUAGAAUCUUGUCCAAAAACAGUAAAUUAUAUAUCUAAGGCUGAGGUUAAUGAAUCGCUGUAUCAACCUGUAGACAGCUCUUCAUUAGUUGAAUUUUUUCUUCUUGGUUAUAUCGAAUCAUUGGCUUCUGAAACUAGUCUUUUGUCUAUUGCACUUGGAUAUUUGGAUCAUUGUAAAUCUGGGCGUACUCGUCAAUCUGCCUUAUUAUUGAGACAUGCUGUUCCAGUUUCAACUAGAGCUACAAACUGGUUUAUUAGUCAAGCCAAAGUUAGAGGAUUAUAUUCAACUGCUGAAGAACUAGCCAAGUUAAAUUGUCGUAGAUUUGCAUGUUUAUCAUUGCAAUCUCAAGGAGGUUCUAUAAUUGAUUCAUCAAAUUAUUCUCCAAUUUGUAUCUCUGUAGGUUGGGCUCUAAUGGCACGUGAUUAUUCUAUGAUUAAUCGAUUAGCUGAACUCUCUCUUGCUAGAGAUAAUGGGUUUAUGCGUAAGGACACUUUGAAUGAAACAACAAUUUCACAUGCGUCUACGGAAGUUGCAGAAUUAGCUGCUAUAAUAUUAGGCUUUUGUCGAGGAUCAUCAUAUGACGAACCGUCUAAUAAUAACAAAGUUAAUGAAAUUAAUCAUCUUCAAUUAUCACCUGAAUUAGCUUUUUUAAUUCGUUAUGCUGAACUUCAACAAAGUUUUAAUGAUGGUGAUUGUGAAGGUGCAGUUGACCGAAUUAUUGAUCUACUGGUUACUAGUCCUGGCAAUUCACUUAUUACCACCAAUUCAGCUGGACAAGAUUGUACAAAUUCUUCGACUACAGGUUUUGGUUUACGUAUACCAACGCGUCUUAAAAUAAGACUUCUUGCUGAAGUAAGACAUUUAUUGGGUCGAAAUUGUCUACGACGAGAUCAAGUUGAAGUACUUAUUACUGCUUUAAUUGAAUUAAGAGCAGAUUUGGAUUUAAAUCCUAAUAACAUGUCCACAAACAGUGAUAUGCAUUCAUUACUAACAAAAAUUCAUAUGUCUCUUGCUAAUGAACUAGCAUCGACAUUCUUUGCUACCUCUAAUACUAUUUCUAUAUCUCCGUCUUUAUCACCCAAUAGUAUGGUCGAUACAAAUUGGCAUUAAGUUUGUUUCCUUAUUUACCAUGUUGUGUAAACUUUUUAAAGAGUAAAUUUUAUUGGAAUAUGGUGCAUUUAUGAUUCCAUGUUUUAUGUAUAUGUUUUUGUUGCUAUUUUGUGUAGAAAGUAUUGAAGUUUCUAUUUUCUAUCUUAUCUACACUUUAAGUACAAACAUUUGAUUUUUGCCAUUUUAUUAGUUCGUCUGGUGUUGCUGUAUGACAUGAUUGAGUUCGUAUAUUCACCUUCGUGAUCUCUUUACAGUUUACAGAAUCGAAUCCAUUUAUGCUUGAAUAAGUAGUUACUUUUGGUAACUCUCACGGAAUAAAGAGUAUUGUCUACAACCUAGUACGUUCUCGUCGACUGGAUUUUCAGAAUUGAUUUCCUUCCAGGAGGUCCAUUUAUCAACUUAAAAUACACAGAUGACAUAGUCCUGUUUGGUGAGGACGCCGAUAAAUUGCAUAGUCUUUUAGUAGCACUGAACAACAAUGCUAGGAUGUUUAGGAUGCUUUUCUCCACCUCUAAAUGCAAGUUGUUGCUUCAAGACUGGCCUGCAUCAAAACCUAAACUAAGGAUAGGGAGUGAAGUAGUCGAACUUGUCGACAACUUGACGUUUCUUGGAAGUCUGAUCAGCCUCAGUGGGUUGAUGUCUGACGAAAUCUCUGAACGGAUUGUAAAAACUCAUUUGGCUUUUGCUAACUUACGUCACCUAUGGCGAAGGCGAGAUAUCCGUCUAUCAAUAAUGCUCAUCCUAACAUACAACUUACUAUGAAACACGGACAGGGUGAAAUGUUCCACUUUUUUGAUACUGCCAUAAAACUUAGGGGAGAUGGGACAGUUAAACGUUCGGUCCACCGAAAAAGUACAUGGAAUGGUCUUUACCUGAACCCCAAUAGUUUUUGUUUAAUCAGUUACAAGAAGGCAUUGGUUAAAACACUAUUUUACAGGGUCGAAAGGAUAUGUACCACCGACAAACAAGAAAAUGAAUUGAUUAACGUUGAAAAGUGCCUAAGAGACAACUGUUACCCACAGAAAUGUAUUGACAAAUGUAAAAAAACUAAAUAAAACAAGACGGAAGACGGUCAGUAAAAAAACCAAUAUCUAUAAAUGUCAACUUCAGAGGUGAUGAUGUCGCAACACAAUCAGCAGGAAACUGUACACUGUACUAGCCAGAACUUAUCCGGCAGCCAACCUAUUAAUUAUGUAUAAAUCAAUACAUUCAAUAACUCAGUCAAAUGUUGACAAGCACCCCUUUCAUGUUACCACCAACUGUAUUUAUGUAUUUACGUGUAUCUGCCAAAGCAGCUACAUUGGCCGAACAGAAAGGAGGACAUCUUUCGAGCUUGUUCUAAAAAACCUCAGAAUAAGAGAAAGAAAGAUUCUAAACAGUGCUAUUUCCAAACAUCUGGAUACAGAACAGGUCGAUAUCUUGCAAUCUUUCAAAGUGAUUAGUUAGCAGCCAAACUCCAGUCUUCUGAAGUUUGCUGUAGCCGUUGCUAUCAGGAGUCAAAAAGCUGACGUAUGUGUUCAAAAGGUUAUUAAUCUUUCCUUGCCAUUGUGACAAAUGUUCCUUCGUUGCAUCUUAAACCUUUUCUUUUUAACUCGCUUGAGUUUUAUUACAACUAUCUUCCAGAUUAGUAAUCUUAAUUUAUUAACUGAGCUCUACACAUUAUGUAAUCAUUUGUUUCUGGCCGUCUGAACUGUCGUCACAAUCAAUGUUGUAGAAUUUUCUUUUACAUAAGGUAUAUAUUUACAAUAUUCAGUCUAUUAAAUUUGUUUACACCCUUGCUAUACUAUACUAAUGUGUCUUCAAUAUAACUUCCAACUAAACGCUUUCAUGUAAGUAAUUUAAACCCAUUAUGUAAUUAUGAUUUUAAAUAUCGCAAGUUGUAAGCAGCUUACUAGAAACAACGAAAUAAAAUGAAUUCAUGCUAUUCUACU